AUGGCUACCUCGACACCAAACCAUACCGCAGUGGCUGCUCCAAAUACGGGAGUAUUGAGUGAUUCAACACCUACAGCAGACCGAGAAUUCAAGUCUGUCGAUACCGACCCGCCAAAUGGGGGUAUUCGGGCGUGGCUUCAGGUUGUUGGUUCUUUCUUUCUCUUCUUCAAUACCUGGGGUCUGAUCAAUUCUUAUGGAGUUUUUGAGACAUUCUACGAGGAAACUCUGCUCCAAGGGAUCGCGCCAUCGACAAUUUCCUGGGUCGGUUCUUUGCAAUCAUUCUUGAUUAUGUUCCUGGGUGCAUUGACAGGACCGAUAUACGAUGCCGGCUUUGUGCUGCCAUUACUGUAUACGGGCUCGUUUCUUGUCGUCUUUGGCCACAUGAUGCUCAUUUUGUGCCGAAGCUUUUGGCAGAUUCUCCUGGCACAGGCAUUUUGCGUUGGCAUCGGAGCCGGUCUCAUUUUCGUUCCCAGCAUUGCAAUUCUUUCGACGUAUUUCACGACAAGACUGCCCCUGGUCGUUGGUAUAGCCGCUUCAGGCUCCAGCAUAGGCGGCGUUGUAUACCCCAUCUUGAUACACAAAUUGCUAGGCAGAGUUGGGUUUGCAUGGGCCAUUCGCGUUUCCGGCUUUGUCGCCCUGUUCGGGCUUCUCAUCUCGUGUCUAGUCCUCAGAGUGCGCAUUCUCCCUGCUAAUCGCCGGAAAUUGAUUGACUGGGUUGCUUUCUGUGAAGCCCCAUACACGCUUUUCAGCAUCGGCCUGUUCCUCUGCUUUAUGGGUCUUUAUACGCCUUUCUAUUACAUCCAGUCCGUUGCGAUCCAGAAUAAGAUAACAUCAGAAACUUUGGCGUUCUAUCUGCUACCCAUCAUCAAUGCAGCAUCGACGUUCGGACGCCUGGCUCCCGGAUACAUUUGCUUAUGGACUGGGCCAUUGAACAUUCUUCCUCCGUGCGCCUUUGCCUCGGGCAUCCUGGUUCUGUGCAUUAUGGCCGUCGGGUCACAAGCGCCCUUGUUGGCCGUUUGUGCUGUGUAUGGGUUCUUUUCGGGGUCGCUUGUCUCGCUCAUGGGCCCUAUUCUUGUCAUGCUUUCUCCGCAUCAUGGGGUCACUGGAACAAGGAUGGGUAUGUGUUUCACUCUAUUGGGGGUUGCUUUGUUAAUUGGGACGCCAAUCGCUGGCUCGGUCUUGGAUUCGUACGGUGCCAAUAUGGUCUGGGUGUAUAGUGGUGUCUUGACACUUUCCGGGGGAGUAGUAAUAGGGGCUGCUCGGAUGAGCCUGGCAUCCUGGAAAUCAUUGCGAUAA